CUCAAAGAGAAAUAUUGACUGAAAGAAUGCCGAAUAUUACACAAACCUCAACCAAGAAUUUCAAUAUAAUUUUCAAGAAUAAAUACCUUUUUGAGAAUUUAAAGAAGAAACUGAAGUCUGUGGCGGGGCAGAAGGGCAGCAAAAGCUCAUUAAAGACUAAAAUUCCAUCAUUUUCCUCGAAAUAAAACUCUCAAAGUCAAAUUCUCUGAAAAGUCUAUUUCAAUCAAUAAUGCAAAGAAGAUUUUGGGAGAGAGUAAAUUUGAGAUUGAGCAUACCCCACAUAAAGAGGUAUUCCAGAGCUUGUCUGUCAAUAAAGGAUAUCCUUCUUCAAAGAAGAUGGUUAGAUUGCCUAAAUUUGAGAAAUUGCCAAUAGAUCUCUCUCAAAUACCUAGUGCAAAUGGAUUUACUCCCAGAGAUCUCAAGGAAAGCAGAAACUCUAAGAGAGUAAAGAAAAGAGAGUUUGUGACUUUAGAGAAUGUCAGAUCGCCCAAUACAAGUAGAAGCUUCUUCAAAGUAUUUUCUAACUCUCAGAGUCAUCUUGACAACUCUCAGAUUGGAUCUAAUGAUAGCUUUCUUACUCAUCUUGAUAAAAGAUUUACAAAGCUGAAAAAUUAUGCAACUAGAUUGCAAAGUCCAAAACAUGGUCCUUCGAAAGCUCAGUUGCUGGAGGGAUGAAUUAAGAUGCAGAAAAUAAAAGAAAGUAACCGCAGGCAACACGCUAAUAACUCUAAUUACAUUGACAACACUAGAAACCUUCCUUUACUUGACAUGAAGAAAUUUUGGAGUGACAAACCUGAGCACCGGAAUACAAAAUCAAAGCUUGAAAUUUAUAAAGAUAGUAAAAUUGAUGACUGCCAAGAUCAAUCUGUAAGGACAGCUAGAGAGUCUGACCAGAAAUUCCUGGACAAAAAGCUUAUGCUUCCUGAUGUAAAGAGUGAUAAAUUCAAGCUUAUCUUAGAUCCUUUCAAACAAGUCUCUUCAUUCAGGAGACUUAAGAAAUCUGAUAUCAAGGGGAAUAUUAAGAAGAUCCUUUUAAAGAAAUCUCAUAAGAAGUCUGGUUCGUCACAGAAAAGCUUAUCCAUAAGUGACUUCGACCUCUUCGAAGCGAUUAAUAAAGUACACAGGAUAGAAGAAGGUGACAGGAAACAUCAGGAUUUCGCAUUUAUUACCAAAUCUAUUGAAGGAAUUGUUAAGGAUAAGAUUAAAUUCGAGAUCUCUAACAGUAAAUUUACUGCUAUAAUAGAUUCUAUCUCCAAAUCCGUAACAACCAGAGUAGUUUUUAAGAACGAGCUUUUGUUCUCUGGAAAUGAAGAUGUAUCAGGUGUCUAUGUACUACUUGACGGGAAGAUUGGAGUCACAGAUGAUACUGCCUCUGAGAAAAUAACAGAGAAGCUUAAAUCUGAUGAUACAAAUAUUGACUUAACUCCUCUUUGUAAUGAAAUUAUUACUGAAGCGUAUACAUUUAUCUGAGAGGCACAGAUUGCUAAAGAGGAGAAGUUUAUAAAUACCACAGUUGGUCUUCAUUUUCCAUUUUCAAGACUGAUACAUAUUCCAAAAAGGCACUAUUUAAGCUUAUUAAAGCAUAUUUGGGACUCCUUCCCUGAACGGAAGGGAAAGUAUAUCUCAGAGAAGUCUGAAAUAGAUUAA